UCCCUCCUCCCGUUACCAGGAGGCUUUACAAGAUCUGCUGCACGCAGAUUAAAACAUUUCUCUGCGUCACUUCCCUGCCAGAUUAAGGAGGUGCCACCCACAUUUUACGUGUGGGAAACACACGUCCAAUGCAAAUGGCUAAUUUUAAGAGAAGUUACAGCCCGAAUCGCUGCCCUCACACACAGCUCCAUAAGCACAGGCCCCGCGCCCCGCCGCAGGCCCUCCGGCCGCCCCGGAACUACAACUCCCAGACGCCCCGGCGCGGAACCGCUGCCGCCCGUAUCGCGAGCGCUGAUUGGCGCAGGCUGCCGGCCCCGCAUGAAAGCCUGUCUGUGAUUGGAGGAGGCCGCGGGGGCGGGGCGUCGCGCGAUUUAAGCCGCGGCGGGGCCGGUGCGGCCGUUGCUCGCCCGUUGGAGCCGUGCGGAGGCGGAGGCGGGAUCCCCAUCCCGGGACCUCCAUCCCGGGGCUUUUCCAGCGGGGCUCCCGCCGGGCACCCCCGUUCACCAGCCUACCGGGGUGCCCGAAGCCGCUCUCCCCCACCCAUGGACGGCCCGGCUCUCCGCAAGGCCGCGAUGAGCGCAGCGGAGCGCGCUGCGGGGAGCCCGCGCUGCCCAAGGCUGCCAAGCCCCCGUGCCUCUUCGAGAUCUGCUGAGUCCCGGUGUCCGAGUCAGGAGGAUUUCCCUCCCCUCCCAUCCCUCAGCGAGCGCUUGGCCCAUCUGAACCCUUCCCACGAGCUCCUGGAAUAUUACCGCAAGAAGAUCGCUGACUUCGAUGAGGAACAUGAGGAAUUGGUGAAAAGGCUGGAGAAAUACAAACAAGCCUAUGAUGAACAGCACCAGUUGCAGUGGGAAGUCCGCCACUUGGAAGAGGAGAUUGCAGAGCUGCAGAAGGCUUUGAGUGAUAUGCAGGUGUACCUGUUCGAGGAGAAGGAGCAGGUCCUGCGCCUGUACUCGGAGAAUGACCGUCUGAAACUCAGGGAAUUGGAGGACAGGAAAAAGAUCCAACAACUCCUGGCUCUACUGGGAGCAGAUGAAGGAGAAGUUACAUAUUUUCAUAAGGAGCCUCCACAUAAGGUUACUGUUCUGCAAAGGCCAGCAGAGAUCCAAGAACAAGAUGAUGUUUCUAGCACAGGUACAGAGAAGAGCACUUCAAAACCAACAGCAAAAGGAGAGAAAUUCAGAAGUUCUGGGAGAGAGCAAAAAGAUGGGGACAUACUUCUACUACAGGUGAAGGCCUUGCAGGCUCAGAUAGAAGAACAGACACGAUUAACCAAGGAACAGGUUGAGGCACUGCUCGAGGACAGGCGGAUUCAGAUGGAGGAAGCUGAGGUCCGGCAUCAGAAGGACCAGGAAAAGAUAAAAGCUAUAACAGAGAAGCUCCAUAAGACCCAAAAUCUCUUAUAUGAGAGUACCCGGGACUUUCUCCAGCUCAAGUUUGAUGCCAGGGCCAAUGAGAAAGCAUGGAUGGCAGAGAAGGACAGUCUGUUGAAGAAACUUGGCAAAGGUCUGGAUCAUCUUGCUUUCAGCACAGAGUCAGGACAGAAGAAGCAGGCAGAGCUGAAGAAGAUGCUUCAAGCAAGUGAUGGAGCUUCAAAACUCCACAGCAGAGAAAUAAAGUUACUGCAAGACAAGCUAGUGCAGGAAAAACACCUGUCACACAUGUACAGAGAGCAGUGUGUCUCCCUGGAAGGGGAGGUGGCUAGGAUCCGUGAGGAGAGAGAUGCUGGCAAAGAACUCUUUCAGGAACGCACAGAAAAGAUGGGGAAGCGCCUGAAACUGAUGACUCAGCGAUGUGAAGCCUUGGAAAAACGUCGUAGUAUGGAAGUAGAGGGCUUCAAGAAUGACAUUAAACAGCUUCAGCAGAAACUGAAAGAUGUAGAGAAGAAGAUUUAUAAGGUGGCUUUGAAUUUGGGACCAGACCAGGAUCUUGCAAUUCUACGUGAGAUCCGCCAAGGAAACAAACUAACACGUAAAAUUCAAGGAGAACUGAAAGACUUAAAAACAAAGAUCUACAUCUUGGAGGAUGAACUACGGCACUGCUGAAGCUGAAUUAUUAGCUGGCAUCCUAAUUUUAGGAAUAGGACAUUGCUAGACUUGAAUAGAACAGCUCCUGCUUGUUUGUUUCCUGGCAUCCAUCAACAGAAGGUGGAAGAAAUCUACUGUUCAUGUCAUAGGUGUACAUGAGCCAUUCCUAAUGUACCAAACUGUAUUGCUGUUUGAGCUGAGAGAUGGCACCUGAUAAAACUGACUUUAAAAGUA